AUGUCUUUCCCGUACAAAAGAUGCCUCCUGGUCGGCGCUACAUCGGGCAUUGGUGCCGCCAUGGCGGACAAAUUGAUCGAGGAGGGCGUCAAGGUCAUUGCAGCUGGCCGUCGCCAGGAACGCCUCGAUGCUUUUGUACAGAAGCACGGUUCGGAGAAGGCCAGCGGUGUCAAGUUCGACAUCACUGACAAGGGGAACAUGGACGCCUUUGUAAGCCAAAUUGUUGAGGAUUUCCCUGACCUCGACUGCGUCUUCCUAAAUGCGGGCACGCAGGCCCAGCAUAGGCUCUCACGGCCCGCCGAGGUUGUCCUCGAAGGCUUCCACGCCGAGUUCAACACAAACUUCACCAGCAUCGUUGAUCUGUCGCUCAAAUUCCUCCCGCAUCUCCAGGCUAAGGAGCAGCCCACGUCGCUUAUCUUUACUGGGUCUAAUCUGGCCAUCGUCCCCGCGGCCACCUUGCCCGCCUACAGUGCCUCCAAGGCGGCGCUGAAUGCGUAUGUCUGUUGUCUGCGUGCGCAGAACCACAGGUUUGGGACCAAGAUCAUCGAGAUAUGGCCUCCUGUUGUCCAGACGUGCGCAGGUGAGCUGCACGACUACGUGGGCAAGGAGAGAGGUCGGUCAUAUGGCAUGCCCGCCGAUCAAUUCGCCAAUCAGGUAUACGUCAAGCUGGCCGCCGGCGAGGAAGAGGUCAUUAUUGGCACGGUGGGAAGGCCUGAUAUGGAGCCUUUGUUCCGCGAGGUUGCACAUGGGAGAAAGAGGCUGACUGAUGAGUUGAGUCAACUAAUGCUCUCCCACUUCGAGCUCUAG